UGUUACAUCUUGGCAUCCUUGUCAAAUGUACUUCAACAUCAACAUCAGUCUAUGAACACUGCAGCAGACAUGCUCCUCAGUCUCAAGGAGUUAUUUGGUCAUCAGUCGCGGGCUGCCCGACAAGAGGCCACGAGGGUUCUGAUGAACAUGACCAUGCACGAGGGCACUCCCGUAAGGGAACAUGUUCUUGCUAUGAUGGCCCAGCUGAAUGAGCUGGAGGUUCUUGGGGCUUUUAUUGACGGGGAAACCCAGGUCGAUAUAGUGCUCCAGUCUUUGCCGAAGAGCUUCGAACAAUUUCGGUUGAAUUACAACAUGAAUAAGAUGUUGAUGACUCUUCCAGAACUUGUUACUGAACUUCAGUCGACAGAGGGCCUGUUUCGUCAGAUGACCCAAGCUAUGGUGGCCCAGCGGGGAGAAGCAUUAACUUCUAAGGCCUCUAAGGGCGAGAAAGGGAAGAAGUUCGCAGGAAAGGGCAAGGCGGUCAUGAGUGACGCGCAACCUCGACAAAAAGCGAAGAAGUCGAAAGGCAAGUGCUACAAUUGUCAGCAGAAAGGACACUGGAUGGCAAGCUGCCCUCUUCCUAGGAAAUCCGACAAAGGUACACGUUUUGCUUUAGUCGUUGAAACAUGUUUAGCGGUGUUAUCUACCAGUACCUGGUGUAUAGAUACAGGGGCCAUUGAUCAUGUCUGCAAUUCAUUGCAGGGGUUCCAGAAAACCAAGCGACUUAGGGAAGGAGAAGCUACCAUCUACUUGGGCGAUGCUAGUAGAGCGUCAGCAGUUGCAGUGGAAGAUGUCUAUUUAGAUUUUGGCUUAGAUAGGUUUCUAGUUUUGAAAGAUUGUCUUUAUGUUCCUAGUUUUAGAAAGAAUUUGAUUUCAGUUUCUAAGUUGUUUAUGAACGGUUUUUCCGCUACGUUUGAUAAUAAAGUU